AUGUCCUCGCUCUCGUCCUCGUCUUCCAUAUCCGACGCGGAGACCGAUCGCAGGGGCCGCCCUGAACGUCCUCGUAUGGCCAGUCGAAAACCCAGCGCCUCAAUACUGGUGCCCCGGGACCAUCCCGAAAUUGAAAUUGAAGAGGAGGAGUUUCCGCCCGACGACGCGCGAGCCAUGAGUCCUCGCCGCAACUCUGCGGAUCUUGAACGACUGGGCAAAGAGGCCAGGCAGACUCUACAAGAACAAGCCAAGGCCCUCCAGUCGUCUCUCCAAGCUCUAGCAGAACGAAUCGAUGCAGUGAAAACAGAUCACGACAAACUCGAGAAUGAGAAUAGAUUCCUGCAGGACUAUAUCGGGGGACUGACACGGAAUAUGAAGAGCGAGAUGUCGAGAUCCAGUACUAAGGUCAAGAAGUCGCACAAAUAG